UAUAAUAAAAAAGUAUAAUAUAUACAAUAAAAAUUUAAUUUAAAAAAAAAUGGGGAUGUUUAAGAAAAUUUCAACAUUUUUUAAAAACAAGUCUGAAAAAGUUACAAUACUUGUCAUUGGUUUAAACAAUAGCGGUAAAUCAACUAUAAUAAACCAUUUUAAGUCACCGCAUGAACAAGCAGCCAUCACAGUACCAACCGUUGGAUUUACUUUGGAACAAAUUAGAAGCGAAGGCGUUUUAUUCACUAUGGUGGACACAUCCGGGGCAUGGCGUUAUAGAAGCUUGUGGGAACAUCACUUUAAAAAUUGUCAUGGCAUAAUAUAUGUUAUUGAUUCCAGUGAUCGCAUGCGGUUGGUUGUGGUGAGAGACGAGCUUGACACACUUCUAAAACAUCCGGAUCUAGAAAACCGAAGUAUGCCCAUACUUUUAUAUAACAAUAAAGUGGACUGUGAAGAUUCAUUAUCGAGUGUGAAAAUAGCUGCCGCUUUAGGUUUGCAUAAUAUUGAAGAUAAGCCAUGGCAUAUAACACCAAGCAAUGCAAUUACAGGAGAGGGACUUGAAGAUGGUGUUCAUUGGUUGGUACAACAAAUUAAAUCAAUGAAUACUCAUAGCAGAAAGCUGAAACGUUAAAUGUAAGAAGUAAUAGUCAUUAUAGCAGUUUGAAGAAUAAACACAUGUACAUAUAGAUAUCAUAUAUUAAAUAAAAAAAAACAUUGGC